AACAUCUCCACAUCCUCACAAAGAAAAACUUUGCUUGCUAGGCAGCUAACUCGCCACAACACGACAAGAAAAGUGGCGAAAAACUCAUGACGAGCUAUAAACCACGCGGCGUCGGAGAGAACUCUUAGCCACCCGUGGGAAUGUCUACUCGGUGACUCGGGCUUGAUUUUGCCUGGUUUAUUCAGCGAACAAUCGAGGGGUAGCAAGCGGCAGUGCUUCCCAGAGAGCACCCCCACCCCACUCCAUCACCUUCCUCCACAUCCAUCGCUGGUCCACCGACGGCUGCAGCAGGCAUGUCAGGCCGGAGUGGAGCUACCCUGGGCCCGCAGCCCCUCAAGGCGACGGUCCCCUAUCAGCUGGCCAGCAAGCACCGAGCCAAAGGCAGGGAUGGAAAGUCAGCUGGAAAGGCCAAACCGCAGCAGCUGUGCCCCGGCAUGAGGCGGACGAUGUCUCUGGACGCCAUCAUCGGCCCGUACCUGCAGGGCCACUGGCCCAAAGAACCCGAGGGCGGCUUGUGUCGAAAGGACAAAUCCACUCAGACUCCAAACUGGUCAGACAAAACACAGAGCAGGAGGGACGAUGACAGCGCCGUCAUCAACCACAAACGCUCUGCGUCAUGGGGCAGCGCUGAGCAACUCCACGAAAUCACCAAACUAAAACAACAGCUGCAGCAGCGCAGCAAACCUGGUGUCUCAGGGGGGCACGACCGAGACCGCCAGCGUGGCUUCACUCUCGGGAGCUGUAACCUAGGAACCACUCAGACGCAGCCCAUUCCCAUCCCGCUGGCUCCCCUGUCUACGCUGGUGCCUCGGCUGUGCUGCAGCGUCGAGGGCCUCAACCAAGAGCUGGAAGGCAUGUUCAUCUGUCAGCCGGGACAUCGUCAGCAUCAGCUUUUGGAGGUUCCAGACGGCCACCGUGCUCCUGUCCCGCCGCAGAGCUGCAGCAGUGGAUCUCAAAGUGACCCGGCCUCCGUGACACCUCCCUCGGCGUCUUCCGCUUCGUCCUCACCGUGCUCCUCUCCCACUUCCACCUCCCCACUCAUAUCCGAAGACGCCCCUCUGGACGUGCACAAAGGAUUGGAUCUCCUGUCCCCGGUGUCAUCCCUGAGCGAGGCAGAUCUUUCCCUGCCUCUGCUGAUCUCCUCCUCGCCCGGACCCAACAAGAGCUGCUGCUUCCAGAGAGAACCUCCGGAGGGCUGCGAAAAAGUCCGGGUCUGGGAGGAGACUAGCACUUCAAACCACCAAAAGUCAGUGCCCGUCUCCUCGUGCCCAGACCCCAACAAGGUAAACUUUACCCCCCAUGGGGGCUCUGCCUUCUGCCCCGUCAGCCUCCUUAAUCCCCUGUUGCCCUCCAUGGACCUGCUCUUCUGCAGCUUGUCCGUCACGAGCCAGGGAGUCACGUGCGCCCCCCUCGACCCUCCCGCCGCCUCCUUAGGCGAAGGCUGCGUGCGCGUUGACACCUUCUAAUGAAAGCUCACACAUUUCCUAAUAGUGGUUGCUGUUGCUUUAUUUUAGGAAAGUUUCCUUUUCUAGCCAGGUAUAAAAUGUUUAUUGGGGGAAAAAAAAAAUCAUACUAUUGAGAGUAAUCAAUCCAAAGAGGAGGAGCUACUUGUUUAGUCAUUUAUUAUUAUUUUUUUUUUCCUUCUUUUUUUUAUGGUGUAUAAUCCAAAGAUUUACUUUUGGCUAAACAUGUGUGAGAUGGUCUUAUGAAAAGGACUUUUUCAAGAUGUUGCUGCUUGACUGACACACUCUCUAAAAUAAGCCUUUUUUUUUUUGGGGAGUCUACAAAAGGUUAUUUAUCUGGGUCUCACCAUCCUGUUUGUUUGACCUAGCAUGGCUGGUGUACAAAGCAUGACAAAUCAGUUGGAUUCUUUCAUUUCACACUUUGAUGAUUGCUGGCUGAAGGGUAACUUUGGUAGCUUCAGCGUACACAUUCCUACUUUGAACAGUUUGUGUAUCUUGGGGGGGGGGGACAAUUUAAAAACAAGUUACCGUACCAUUAAAACAAGUCUUAAUGGUAUGUUUAAGGAUGUAGUUGACUGCCUAACCUAACCAGUUUUAGUGGUGUAGAAUUGUCAAUUCCCUCUUUGUGUGUGUGUGUGUGUGUGUGUGUGUGUGUGUGUGUGUGUGUGUGUGUGUGUGUGUGUGUGUGUGUGUGUGUGUGCACGCGUGUGCGUGUAGUUGUUUUUUUUUUUUUUCCUGGUAGACACAUUUGCACAAUCUGAACUGCUACUUUUGCAAAUAAUUUUUUUUUUUUUUUUUUACAUUCACUUUUGUACUUUUGUAAAGUUGUUUCAACAUCCCCAUUUUUUUCAAAUAACCUGCAAAAUAAGCUAAAAAGAGAGAGAGAAAAAAAAAGCCUGUUACUUUUAGUUUUAUGUCUGUAUAAUCCAGACAGGUGUUAC